AUUCAGAGGUCUGCAGAUGGGAAACAGAAGAGAGAGGAGAGUGAGUGGAACUAGACCGAAGUGACUUCAGCAUUGCUUUGAGCUUCACUAACACAGCUGCAGAUUUGCUGCCUGAGGAUCUGAGCAUCAAUCCAGGAAUCUUACCAAGCAUUUGCAAACUAUUCCACAAGGAUCCGUCAUCAUGAAAAUUGCGGUACUUACCUUGUGUCUUUUCACCGUUGCCUUUGCCUUACCAAUCAGCCAAUCGAGAGAUCAUGACAAUUCUAUGAGUGCAGAAAGUAAACAUGACUCCAAAGAAAAUGAAGCUCACGCACACCACCAUCAUCACCACCAUUCACACAGCCAUGAGCACAGCCAAGAGUCACCAGAACACCAUAGUCAAGAGUCUUCUCAACUGAACUCUCAGUCUUCGGAAGACCGGGAUGAGAUCACUGAGCAACAGACUCUUUUGGCCUCUUCCAGCAAAAGUCAUGAAGAUGAUGAUGAUCAUAGUGAUGUUUCCAAAGACGACGAUCAUUCAGAUGAUUCAGAUGAUUCAUCUGAAUCCGAUGAGUCUCAUGAAACCGUCACUGACGCUCCCACUGAGGCUCCCUACACUGAGUCCGUCACUAACAGGGGAGACGUCCCAUCCGAUGAAUUCAGGCCAAACGUUGACUUCAUGAGUUUGGGGAGGUCUGGAAAGUUUGAUUCCCAAAGUGUGUCCGAUGAAGUGGACAGCACCCCAGAUGACGAGAGCCACGAAGAUUCUAAGGCCCGUUCUCUGGAGAGCCACGAAAGUGAUGAUAAAAGUGACCUGACGGAUAGCAAUGAAGUCCACAGCGCAUCUCAUGACAUAAGUCUAGAGGACCACAGCCCAGAGAAACCCGAGAGUGUGGAGGACAGCAGCGACCACAGCAAAGCUUCCCUUUCCCUUGAAAGCACUGAAAGCAGAGAGCAGAAAAAAGAUCACAGUGAGGAACCCCAACAGUUAGACAGCAACCCCGAUGACGCCAGCAACCAAACUGUGGAAAGCGCCGAGAGUCAGCACAGCUCUGAAGACCACCACAGUGUUGAGCAUCACGAUAGUGUUGAGGACAAUGAGGUCAUCCUCUAAAAGGGCAGAGUAAGAGGCCGAUACUUAUCUGAGGGAGUUCUCCAGACUUUCUGCAUGUAAGGGCCCAACUAAGAUCAAAGCUGAACUCCUCCAUCACCACCAGUGUUUUUGUUUUG